CGCUCGCUCUCCCGGUUUACCCGUGGCCAGACUUAAGCGCGACACUCGCUGGGUCCACUUAAGACCCAGGACCCCAGACUGUUAAGCCGGUGUGGAUGGACGCCCGGACGCCGGAAGUUCCCUGUGGGGACUUGCUGCAGAACGCGGCCGAAAAUCUGCUUGAAGAAGUCGAAGAACAUUUCCAAGCGCUGACUACAACGUUAAACCUCAGAAUGGAGGAAAUGGGAAGUCGCAUCGAGGACUUACAGAGGAAUGUGGAUGCCCUAAUGGCUCAGGCUGGGAUCCAGAGUUCGAUCACAGAACCAUCGUAAAGGAGUGCCUGUUCUCUACACACGGAGGACAGUGAGCUGAGGGCAGUCAGUCACAGUGACAGACCCUGGGUCCAUACUGCUGCUCCGUUGCCUGCAAAGUACAUGCUGUUCAUGCAAUACAAGCUCUGGAUACGCAAAGAUUCUUACCUAAAGAGAAGGGAAAGCCAUCAUUUAAGAAUCUCUCUCUCUUGGAUUUUACCUAUAUAUAAAUGUUUAACAAUUACUGGUUAUUAUGGAAUUUAAUUGAAAACUACAAUUAAAUUUAUUUAACUGAACAUUAA